UUUUGUUUUCUACAGACAGGACUGCCUGCAAAAGCUACUUGAUUCUCUUGUUGUCAGACUAACCUACAAGAACCAACCAUGGGUGAUGCUGAAAUGUCUGAAUUUGGAGUUGCUGCUUCUUACCUUCGCAAGUCUGACAAGGAGCGUCUAGAGGCACAAACACGCCCCUUUGAUUUGAAGCGUGAUGUUUUUGUGCCAGACCCGAAACAGGAGUUUAUAAAGGCAAAAAUCUUAUCAAAAGAUGGUGAUAUGGUUACAGCUGAAACAGAAGAUGGAAAGACAGUAACUGUCAAAGACAGUCUAGUUGUUCAGCAGAAUCCACCAAAGUUCGACAAGAUUGAGGACAUGGCCAUGUUAACUUUCUUGCAUGAGCCGGCUGUGCUGUAUAACCUCAAAGAGCGUUAUUCAGCAUGGAUGAUUUACACCUAUUCAGGGCUGUUCUGCGUGACUGUGAACCCGUACAAGUGGCUACCAGUGUAUAAUCCUGAGGUAGUCGGUGCCUAUCGUGGUAAGAAGAGAUCAGAGGCUCCUCCCCACAUUUUCUCCAUCUCUGAUAAUUCAUACCAGUACAUGUUAACAGACAGAGAAAAUCAGUCUAUCUUAAUCACUGGAGAAUCUGGUGCUGGAAAGACUGUCAACACCAAGAGGGUCAUUCAGUAUUUUGCAGUCAUUGCAGCCAUCGGUGACCGCAAGAAGGAAACAGCGCCUACUGGCAAGGGUACCCUGGAAGAUCAAAUCAUUCAGGCUAACCCAGCUCUAGAAGCCUUUGGCAAUGCCAAGACUUUGAGAAAUGACAACUCAUCACGCUUUGGUAAAUUUAUCAGAAUACACUUUGGUGCAACAGGAAAGUUGGCCUCUGCAGAUAUUGAAACCUACCUGCUGGAGAAAUCUCGUGUUAUCUUCCAGCUAAAGUCUGAGAGAGAUUACCAUAUUUUCUACCAAAUUCUGUCCAACAAGAAACCAGAGCUUCUAGAAAUGCUUUUGAUUACCAAUAAUCCUUAUGACUAUGCUUACAUCUCCCAAGGAGAAACCACUGUUCCUUCCAUUGAUGAUGCUGAGGAACUCAUUGCAACUGAUAGUGCUUUUGAUGUUCUCGGGUUUACCCAAGAGGAGAAGAACUCCAUAUACAAGCUGACUGGUGCUAUCAUGCAUUAUGGCAACAUGAAGUUUAAAACAAAGCAAAGAGAGGAGCAGGCAGAACCUGAAGGCACUGAAGAGGCUGACAAGUCAGCAUAUCUGAUGGGACUCAACUCAGCUGAUUUGCUAAAGGGUCUAUGUCAUCCACGAGUCAAAGUUGGGAAUGAAUAUGUCACCAAAGGUCAAAAUGUCCAGCAGGUUUACUAUGCCACUGGUGCUUUGGCAAAAGCUGUUUAUGAGAAGAUGUUCCUGUGGAUGGUAAUGCGAAUCAAUCAAACCCUAGAAACCAAACAACCACGGCAGUACUUCAUUGGGGUACUGGACAUUGCAGGCUUUGAGAUCUUUGAUUUCAACAGCUUUGAGCAGCUGUGUAUCAACUUCACCAAUGAGAAGCUGCAGCAGUUCUUCAACCAUCACAUGUUUGUGCUGGAACAGGAAGAGUACAAGAAGGAAGGCAUUGAGUGGGUCUUCAUUGACUUUGGAAUGGACCUGCAGGCCUGCAUUGACCUUAUUGAGAAGCCUAUGGGCAUCAUGUCCAUCUUAGAAGAAGAGUGUAUGUUUCCCAAAGCCACAGACAUGACCUUCAAGGCCAAGCUGUAUGACAAUCACAUUGGGAAGUCUGCUAACUUCCAGAAGCCCAGGAAUGUAAAGGGAAAACCAGAGGCCCACUUUGCGCUGAUACAUUAUGCUGGCACUGUGGACUACAACAUCAUGGGCUGGCUGGAGAAAAAUAAGGACCCACUGAAUGAAACAGUUGUUGGACUCUUUCAAAAGUCUUCUCUCAAGCUCCUUUCUGCUCUGUUUGCCAAUUAUACUGGGUCUGAUGCAGCUCACGAAAAGGGUAAAGGAGGCAGCAAGAAGAAGGGAUCCUCAUUUCAGACUGUGUCUGCCCUUCACAGAGAAAAUCUGAAUAAACUGAUGACUAAUCUGAGAUCAACCCAUCCACACUUUGUACGCUGCAUUAUUCCUAAUGAACGUAAAGCUCCGGGAGUGAUGGAUAACCCCUUGGUCAUGCACCAGUUGCGCUGUAAUGGUGUGCUGGAAGGUAUUAGAAUCUGCAGGAAAGGCUUUCCCAACCGCAUCCUCUAUGGUGACUUCAGGCAGCGAUACCGUAUUCUAAACCCAGCUGCCAUCCCCGAGGGGCAGUUCAUAGACAGCAAAAAGGGAGCUGAAAAGCUCCUCGCCUCCUUAGACAUUGAUCACAAUCAGUAUAAGUUUGGCCAUACUAAGGUCUUCUUCAAAGCUGGUUUACUGGGUCAUCUAGAAGAAUUGCGAGAUGAACGUCUCUCUCGUAUUAUUACUCGCAUUCAGGCCCAGUCCAGAGGUGUGCUAUCAAGACUUGAGUUUAAGAAGAUGGUAGAGCGUAGGGAUGCCUUGCUGGUCAUUCAGUGGAAUAUUCGGGCAUUUAUGAGUGUGAAGAACUGGCCAUGGAUGAAGCUUUACUUCAAGAUCAAACCUCUACUGAAAUCUGCAGAGACUGAGAAGGAAAUGGCCAACAUGAAGGAAGAGUUCCUGAAACUGAAGGAAGCUCUAGAAAAGUCUGAGGCACGCCGCAAGGAGCUGGAAGAGAAAAUGGUCUCCCUCCUACAGGAAAAGAAUGAUCUCCAGUUGCAAGUGCAAGCUGAGCAAGACAAUCUUGCUGAUGCAGAGGAAAGGUGUGAUCAGCUCAUCAAGACAAAGAUUCAGCUGGAAGCUAAGUCGAAGGAACUGAAUGAGCGUCUUGAGGAUGAAGAAGAAAUGAAUGCUGAGCUGACAGCGAAGAAGAGGAAACUUGAAGACGAAUGUUCAGAACUGAAGAAGGACAUAGAUGAUUUGGAAUUAACACUUGCAAAAGUUGAAAAGGAGAAACAUGCCACAGAGAAUAAGGUGAAAAAUCUGACUGAGGAGAUGGCAGGCCUGGAUGAGAUCAUUGCCAAGCUGACCAAAGAGAAGAAGGCUUUGCAGGAAGCCCAUCAGCAAGCUCUUGAUGAUCUACAAGCAGAGGAGGACAAAGUGAACACCUUAACUAAAUCCAAGGCCAAGCUGGAGCAGCAAGUUGAUGAUUUGGAAGGUUCCCUGGAACAGGAAAAGAAAAUCAGAAUGGACCUAGAGAGAGCCAAGAGGAAGCUGGAGGGAGACUUAAAGCUGACGCAGGAAAGCAUUAUGGACCUGGAGAAUGACAAACAGCAAAUGGAGGAGAAACUGAAAAAGAAAGACUUUGAGAUCAACCAACUCAAUAGCAAAAUUGAAGAUGAGCAGUCAUUAUCCAUACAGCUACAGAAAAAAAUGAAGGAGCUGCAGGCUCGUAUUGAAGAACUAGAGGAAGAACUUGAGGCAGAGAGAGCUGCACGAGCAAAGAUUGAGAAGCAGAGGGCAGAUCUAGCACGAGAGCUAGAAGAACUCAGUGAGCGUCUGGAGGAAGCUGGUGGAGCCACUUCCGCCCAGCUGGAAAUGAACAAGAAACGUGAAGCUGAGUUCCAGAAAUUGCGCCGUGACCUGGAAGAAGCAACCCUCCAACACGAAGCAACAUCUUCUGCGCUAAGGAAAAAGCAUGCAGACUCCACCUCUGAGCUGGCAGAGCAAAUUGACAAUCUACAGAGGGUGAAGCAGAAACUUGAGAAGGAAAAGAGUGAACUAAAACUAGAGCUGGAUGAUGUGGCUUCAAACAUGGAACAAGUUAUCAAAGUCAAGGUAAAUCUUGAAAAAAUGUGCAGGACUAUGGAAGAUCAAGUUAAUGAACUAAGAACAAAGUCUGAUGAAAACCAAAGAGCUCUCAAUGACAUGUCUACACAAAGAGCCAAGCUCCAGACUGAAAAUGGUGAACUGUCCAGGCAGCUUGAAGAAAAGGAAUCACUGAUUUCUCAGCUGACACGAGGAAAACUGUCCUACACCCAGCAGGCUGAUGACCUCAAGAGGCAGCUAGAAGAAGAGGUUAAGGCCAAGAAUGCCCUUGCACACAGCUUACAGUCAGCACGUCAUGAUGCCGAUCUCCUAAGAGAGCAGUAUGAAGAAGAGCAGGAAGCCAAGGCAGAGCUCCAGCGCAUUCUAUCCAAGGCAAAUUCUGAGGUGGCCCAGUGGCGAAACAAGUAUGAGACCGAUGCCAUCCAGAGGACAGAGGAACUGGAGGAGGCAAAGAAGAAGUUGGCUCAGAGGUUGCAAGAGGCAGAGGAAGCUGUGGAAGCUGUGAACGCCAAGUGCUCCUCCCUAGAGAAGACCAAGCAUCGCCUCCAGAAUGAGAUUGAGGACCUCAUGGUGGAUGUAGAGAGAUCCAAUGCUGCAGCUGCUGCCUUGGACAAGAAACAGAAGAACUUUGAUAAGGUACUAGCUGAGUGGAAGCAGAAAUUUGAAGAGAGCCAGAGUGAGUUGGAAAGUUCCCAGAAAGAAGCUCGUUCCCUCAGUACAGAGAUAUUCAAAUUAAAGAAUGCCUAUGAAGAGGCUCUGGACCAUUUGGAGACACUGAAGAGGGAGAAUAAGAACCUUCAAGAGGAAAUUUCAGACCUCACUGAACAAUUGGGAGAAAGUGGGAAAAGUAUACAUGAACUGGAAAAGAUCAGAAAACAGCUUGAACAGGAGAAGGUGGACCUACAGUCAGCAUUAGAAGAGGCUGAGGCUUCCCUUGAGCAUGAAGAAGGAAAGAUCCUUCGAGCACAGCUGGAAUUCAACCAGAUCAAGGCAGAUAUUGAGCGGAAGUUAGCAGAGAAGGACGAAGAAAUGGAACAGGCAAAGAGGAACCACCAGCGGAUAGUGGACUCACUUCAGACUUCUCUGGAAGCCGAAACAAGGAGCAGAAAUGAGGCUCUAAGGAUAAAGAAAAAGAUGGAGGGGGAUUUGAAUGAAAUGGAGAUACAACUGAGCCAAGCAAACAGGCAAGCAGCGGAAGCACAGAAACAACUGAAGAAUCUGCAGGCACACUUGAAGGACCUUCAACUACAGCUUGAUGAUGCUCUUCGAAGUAAUGAGGACCUGAAGGAGAACAUUGCCAUUGUAGAACGGCGCAACAAUCUACUACAAGCAGAGCUUGAAGAACUCAGGACUACAGUAGAGCAGACAGAGCGAGCGCGAAAGCUGGCUGAGCAGGAACUCAUUGACACCAGUGAGAGAGUACAACUGCUGCACUCCCAGAACACCAGCUUGAUCAACCAGAAGAAGAAGCUGGAGAAUGACAUUGCCCAGCUCCAAACUGAGGUGGAAGAGGCUGUGCAGGAGUGCAGAAAUGCUGAAGAAAAGGCAAAGAAGGCCAUCACAGAUGCUGCCAUGAUGGCUGAGGAACUAAAGAAGGAGCAGGACACCAGCGCCCACUUAGAGCGGAUGAAGAAGAACAUGGAACAAACCAUUAAAGAUCUGCAGCACAGGCUGGAUGAAGCUGAACAGAUCGCCAUGAAAGGAGGCAAGAAGCAACUACAGAAACUGGAAGCCAGGGUCAGAGAGUUGGAAAAUGAACUGGAGGCCGAACAGAAAAGGAGCACUGAAUCAGUGAAAGGGCUACGCAAAUAUGAGAGACGCGUUAAGGAGCUGACAUAUCAGACCGACGAAGACCGUAAGAAUAUGGUUCGCCUGCAAGACCUAGUCGAUAAGCUACAACUGAAAGUGAAGGCUUACAAGAGGCAGGCAGAGGAAGCUGAGGAACAGGCCAAUGUCAAUCUCACUAAAGUCCGCAAAGUACAGCAUGAGCUGGAUGAGGCACAGGAACGUGCAGAUAUUGCAGAGUCCCAGGUCAACAAGCUCCGUGCCAAGACCCGUGAUGCAGGCAUUGGCAUUAAGAAAACCUUGGAUGAGGAGUAGGUGAUUUCUGGAACUUUUGAAGAUCUGUUGUAAUUAGUUUUCUGUAAUUACACUCCUUGUGUUGUAUCAUUCUUUGUAGAAUAAAAGUGCAUAUUUGACUGAAA